AUGACGGCGACAACGUCAAAACUGAGGGGAAUGAAGGCAAAAAGAGAAACUGAUCUACCAGGAGCAAUGCAACUUUUUGCAUUAAGUGUAUCAGUGUUUUUUCUCGCCCUUAUUUCGCUCGAGCGCGCUUUUGCCGUGUUAAAACCGUUGCGUCAUCGUGUUGUUAGCACUCGCAUUUACAUCUACAGUAUUGUCGUCGUAUGGGCUGUAGGAAUUUUCAUAUUUGGUCUGCUGGUCCUUAUCUAUCAUAUCGACCAAAAGAUGGAGAUGAACACUCUUCAUGUUGCUGUACAUUUUUGCCUUUUCAUCUCUAUUCUGGUGAUUUGUGCGAGCUACCUCAAAAUACGAGCACGAUUGAGCAGCACUGCACCCGAAGUAGCCGUUGUCAACAGCUGUCAAUCCACUAAGCACAACGCACGACUUUCAAAGACUCUCUUCGUGGUUAUCACUUUGUCGCUUCUGUUUUGGCUGCCAGCGGUUGCUCUUUACACAGGUACGUUCAUCUGCCGCUGUGGUUUUCACCCAUACAUGAUGUGGACGGUCAAUGCUUUACUUCUUGCCAAUUCUUUGGUUAACCCAUUCGUGUACAGCUUUAGGAUGCCGGUAUUCAAAGAAGCGUUGGAGAAAUUGUGGUCGAGAAAGCGAACGAGACAUAUCGCGGCUACAAGUCUGGGUUUGAGUCUAUUUCCUACUCCGAGGAUGAAUCACACCAGUUUCUGGGCUGCCGCAACAUGUGGGGGUUCUCAGUUAAAGCCCUGUACGGAAAGUGGAGAUUAA